CAGUUGUCAAAUGUGUGAGACACAUUUAUGUCGAUUUCGACGAUAACAAUACGUUCACUUUUAUGUGAAAUGAAGUUGUCUCGAACUCUGAUGAUGUGUGCACCUUAUCGGAUAACCUUGCCUCAUUUCGGAUCGAUUUGCCGAGACCUCACAGAAAUGUAUUAGUUACUCGAGCAAUUCGAAGCCGGCGAUACAAAUAAACAACUCGUAGUGCAACAACAACUUUCGGGCAGUCAGCCAACGAACGAGACAGUCAGCAACUCGAGAUUGCUUGGAAGCAACCAUGGUACUAAAGCUACGGGACUCCAUAGCAAAAAGCGAUACCAAAGAACGAGGACGAUCCUCGGUGCUUUCCUUUUGCGCCAAGGUUUCUUGCACACUGGCAUUGAUUGGAUUUGCACUUGCUUUAUCUUCUGAAAGUGGUGCUUGGAAAGCAUACAUCGCCAACUUCAUCAAGGUCGAUGUCGAUGAGCACGGGAGUGAGCACGUCAAAGUGACUACGAAUGAGGUACGUUGUGUCGAGAUCAAACGCCAACAACGAAAAAUCUUUUGGGUUUAUCAUUGGUUUUGCAUGGAUACGUACUGACCAUCCCAAUUGAAUACAUAAUUUCCCACAUUCUUCACAUUCGCAGCUUGUUGUUGUGGAGAAGUUUGACCCCCCGCAAAUAGCUCCUGUGAGCCUCAAGACAACGAAGAUCGAUGCCAAUGCCAAUGAAAAACAACUCGUUGUAGCCGGUUGGAACGACAAAGACUACAACAACGAUUUCCACGUUGAUAAGUUUGAAAGCGACUCGGUAUUCCGUGAACUUCAAAUCGACGAUCCAUCGGACGAUUUUGUGACAAUUUCGAGCCCGAUCCAGUGCUCAGGAUUGUACAAGGGUCCCUUUACAAAGGAAGAAAGAGAAACAUUCUUCGCAGAUGAUCUAGCUCUGCCUCGAAUAGUAACAGCAGAGAAUUAUCGACAAAUUUUCAAUGCUCUUUUUGAUACGGAAGAAAACAAGGAGGAGUUGAUCCAGCUCAUCAUCGAUACAAUUAUCAUUCCACGUCAGGGCAGUGGAAAGAAUCACAAGAGAUCAAUUUACGCGGUUGAGGAACUCGAGAUUGAUGAAGAGGUGCGUUAUCGAUGUUGUUGUCUUUGCUUCCGACGGCGCAUCUUCUAUCGGACUUCUAAUGAUUUCUUAUUUUCCAUCUGAUUCUAUUCCUCUCUCCUAUAUUCCCUAUUCGAAACCUCAAUCAUAUCCAUUCGUUCAGACACUGAAACUGCUCAGAGAAGCUUUCAACCAAGCACUAGACAAUAGAGUCGACCUUACCGAAACACCUGGACCAGGUGUUAAUGGAACCAUUUGUUCUCCCAAGGAUACAGGAUCCCCACCAAGCUCCCAACCAACCCCAACCCCCCCAAGCUCCCAACCAACCCCAACCCCACCAAGCUCCCCACCGAGCACAUCGUCACCACCAUCACCCGAGGGCGGCAAGGGAAAAGGGAAGGGCAAGGGCAGCAAGGGCAAGAGCAAGGGCAAGGGCAAGGGAAGUAAAGGAAAAGACACAACCACAACCAAAGGCAAAGGCAAAAGUAAAGACGAACGCAAAGGCAAAGACGAAAGCAAAGGCAAAGGAAGCAAGGGCAAAGGCAAAGACGAAAGCAAAGGCAAAGGAAGCAAGGGCAAAGGCAAAGACGAAGGCAAAGGCAUAAGCAAAGACGAAAGCAAAAGCAAAGAAGGAAGGAAAGGAAGCAAAGACGGAAGCAAAGACGGAAGCAAAGACGGAAGCAAAGACGGAAGCAAAGACCGAAGCAAAGACCGAAGCAAAGACGGAAGCAAAGGUGGAAGCAAAGGCAGAAGCAAAGACGGAAGCAAAAGCAAGGGUGAAAGCAAAGGUCAAAGCAAAGGAACAAGUAGAAGUGGUGAUUCGAACUACAAUGACUUCGAAAUCAUUGUAGCCAAUCGCGCCUUGCAAGGAAGUGACCCAAACCGACUUGAAGCAGAGGCCUUAAUUUGUGUAAGUAUUCGUAACAAAAUAAAAUCCCAAUCGUCGUCGAACGCUGGCCAGUGAAAGAAAAUGUGGGUUGGCACGCUUGCGAAACAAAGCGUGCAACAUAUGUUUUUGCUCCGUUUUCCUCUCACACUCAUUGCGUUCGAUUGUCUGGUAACAGGAGGCCUAUAAACGUCAGUGCACUACAAGGGUCAUUUCACAACCCCCAACCCCAACCCCAGAGUCUCCGUCUCUAACACCAUCAAAUGCUAUUUCUACAGCUCCAUCAACUAAGGAACCAACCCCAGGAACGUCACCCCCCUCUAACCCCCCAUCAGUAGUACCAACUCCUACUCCUCCUAGUGAACGCCCAACUCCUACUCCUCCUAGUGAAGAACCAACACCGACUACCAGUCAACCACCAUCACUUAGACCCACUGUGCCCACAAAAACAACUGAAGAACCAACUCCUGAUCGCCCUACCGAUCCACCAACUCCUACUCCUCCUAGUGAACGCCCAACUCCUACUCCUCCUAGUGAACAACCAACCCCAGGAAAAGGAAAGGGGAAAGGAAAGGGAAAAGGUAGCAUCACCAAAGGAAAAGGAAAAGACGACACCAAAGGAAAAGGAAAAGGAAAGGGCACCAAAGGAAAAGGAAAAGGAACGAAGGGAAAAGGAAAAGGAACGAAGGGAAAAGGAAAAGGAACGAAGGGAAAAGGAACGAAGGGGAAAGGAACGAAGGGGAAAGGAACGAAGGGAAAAGGAUCGAAAGGUACCAAAGGAUCGAAAGGUACCAAAGGAACGAAGGGAAAAGGAUCGAAAGGUACCAAAGGAUCGAAAGGCAAAGACAACAUCAACGGAAAAGACGAUAAUGGAAAGGGAGAUGCCAAGAGCAACAAAAAGGACAAAGGAAAGGACGACAGAGGCAAGGGAGGCAAGGGAAGCAAGGGAGGAAAAGCCAACAAAAAGGCCAAAGCAAAAGAGCAAGAAUCCACCGUAGACGAAGAAGGAAGCAAAGUGAACGAUCGAGACCAAAAGAAUAAUUCACAAGACGAAUCCCCCGUUCCGAAGAGCCCUGCCGCCGACGACACGGAUACAACCAGCGUCUCCACCGGCGCAAGCGACAAACCCGAAACCGGUGGAAAAGACGAGAGCAGUGCGCCUGGGCACAAGCGCGGUGCCAACCACAAGGGCAGCGAGAGAGACGGGCUUUUGCAACAAGACGCCAAGGACUUCCUAGCAGAGGACGAACGAGAACGAAACCUCUUUGGAGACAUACGUCGAGUUUAGAGAGACGACUUCUUAUCUAAUCGUUUGCGUAUGGCUCUAGACGGGGCUGAAUAGCAUCAGCAGUUGAGUAACUACAACUCUUAUACCAUAGAGAAUAUUAUAUGGAUUAUUUGAUCGAAUUGAAUUGAAUCGAAUCGAAUGGAAUCAAAUCGAAAUAAUUACGACCUUUUUAG